AUGAAUAAUCCAAAAACUUCAAGUUCAAAGCGUAAGCGGGACAUGAUCGACGUUGACAAAGCUACUGCGUCUGUCGACACGGCGGGGAUUCGCAAUCAAACCCUGACUCAUAAGAAGGCUAAGAAGGCUAAGAAGACCGCUGCUGUAAAUCAUGAACUAGCCAAUACUGUCUCUGACAUGCGAGCUGCAUAUCUUGAGGAGUUCGGCAACCGUACAUUGUACAUUAUAAGUGACCCGUUUCCGGCGAACUCCAAUGACACUGACUCAGCAGCCACACCUGAGGUACGCGCGGGGCUCAAGGCUCGACUGGUUGAUGGCAUUACCUGGGAGGCGUGUAAGUCUGCAUACAAUAGCAAUGGUGGGAAAGCAAUUACCUUUGCAGGUGUAGAAAAACAGGUCAAGUUGCAUGGGUGGAAGUGGUUUGAUGAGCAGAAUGUCGUGGUCCCCUGGACACUUAGAGGCCCUUCAGAUAGGAAGCGUCUUAAGAAUUUGGGCCUGGGGCAAAAUUAUUUCCCGACUCUAGUUGCGAAGAUAUUGAGCUCGACACCAACUGUCCAUCAGCCAGUUCCAAAGGCCAAAGAGCCGACGCCGAUAAACCCCAAUAUUGUCUCAAAGAACAGUUCUGAGCAGAAAGAGACGACGAGUGAGCAGCAUUUGGAGAAGGAGACCACGCUCACACCCGACAGAGAGACUCUGGAGCAAACGGCAAGCAACCUCGCUACGGAUGAGCAACAACCACCUGAUGAUGAUAGCAAGCAGGAUUACGUUGAAGACAAAGUGGACUCAGCCCCUCUUCUUAUUCGCGACCGCAUCCGUAUCACACAUAACCUCUUUGGGUCGAAUGUAGUUGAGGUCAAGCUUGAUGAUGCUUCGCAUUGGGCAACUUUACGUGCUUUGGAGAAGUAUUGUGACGCUUACAGUGGACGAUCAUCUUCCAACGAAGACCAAGUUGUAGACUUUGGCCGCAAGAGAAUUUCGCCCGUGAUCGCGCGUGCUUUUUUUCACGCAAUCUCGCCCUUUCCUCAGAGCAAACUGUCAACCCACGAUGUCAUUCCGGAUCCGGAAAUGUCUUUACAUCACGAAGAUGUCGCCUUGGUCAUAUUGCCUGACGAUCCCAAGCCAAAGGAGAUUGAAUGCAACUUCGAUGCUUGCGCCGAGAUGUACAGAUUGGCUAGAAUGCUCAAGUCGCCAGUUGUCAAAGACAUGGUAGCAGAUAGGAUAAUGGAGAUCUACCUCGAGUACUGCAAGCAACUAGAGGAAGACGACGACAAGCAGAACCUAGACUUCCCCGUCAGAUUCGCCAACUCGUUGAAAAUGAACGAAGACCUGCCCAUCCUCCGUUUGUUAGUCGACAUAGCUCUCGAUCACAGUCGCCGAGGACACGACCUACCGGAUGGGCUUGCAACUCACGUCAUGCGUUUGUUAGUCGGUCGUUCGUCCGGCUGGGGAGACAAGAUGCACAUGCUUCACAAUCAAAACCCCACCGCGUUGUGUAACGAGUACCAUGGUCAUGAUCGACUUUGUCACAAAGCUUUCGACGCACGCUAUACAACAGAACGGCUCAUCCAUGACAUCUUUAAGCGGAUUCGACGAGACGCAUGUCUGGAAGCCGCUGAGGAAUUCGAUAUGGAAGAAAAGCAAGAUGAGGACGAUGAUUCCCCAAAGAUGGCACUGGACAUAUACAAGAUGCUGCUCUGGUCUCGCGACAAUGAGGAGCAAGUUGUGCUUUUCAUGCUUGAGUACGAACGGCUUGCUGCGAACGGCUUGCUGCGAGACUGA